UGGCGCGGCGUCUCGUCAGUCGACGCUCCGCCCGGGAAGGCGCGGGCGGGGGCGGCCGGCGCCAGUGCGGGCAGGGGGCGUGCUUGCGGGCGCUGAGGGCCGCUCGCCAUGGCUGGCGUGGAGCUGUACUCGCAUCCCGCGCUGUACACGCGCUACCGGGCUGGGUUCUGCUCCGCCGCUGCACUGGCGCUGUUGCUCAUCACGGCGCUCACCUAUGUGCCGCCGCUGCUGGUGGCCUACCGGAGCCACGGUGAGCGCCGCUGGACCCCACUCGGCCUGGCCGGGUCUGGCGCAGCCCUGAAAUCUCGUGCUGUUUCUGCCCUCAGGUUUCUGGCUGAAGCAGAGCGCGUACCUGGAGCAGCCCACUGUUCGUUUCCGGUACGAGGCUCUCUUCGUCGCCACCAUCGGGUCCGGCCCGGGCAGCUUCUUGGCGUGGAGCACAUUCCCAGCGUUCAACAGGCUCCAGGAGGACCGGCUCCGAGUCCCGCUCCUGUCGGUAGGCCUGCCGGGGGCGGCCCGGCAACACUGGCGAGAAGCGAGGCUGCAGAGUGGGGCCAGUGGACCGGCAGCCGGCUCAGGGCACGAGUGCUGAUGGCGCUUUUGAGCGGGUGGCCCGUCAGGCACUGCUGCAUUCAGAUGAGAGAAGAAGACAAAAAUCAAGAUGGCAAAAUGGAUCAGUUGCAUUUUAAACUGGAACUUCCAUUACAACCAACAGAGCAUGUAGUUGGCGUUCAGCUGAUUCUACUCUUUUCCUACCAGCUUUAUAGAAUGUCAACAUUUGUGAUGCAGAGCAUGGCUUUUCUUCAGUUUUUUUCUCCUGUGCCAGGGUCUCAACUCUAUAUGAAUGGAGACUUGAAAUUAAACCAGAGGCAAUUACUUAACCACUGUGGACUGGAUACCAGAUACAAUGUGUCUGUGGUCAAUGGCACAAGCCCUUUUGCAAGUGACUAUGAUCUGGCAAACAUCAUUGCAGCAUAUUGGGAUAGAAAUGUGACAACAGUCUUUUCAGAUCCCAGCCCUGUUUGGAUGACUGGAAGAGCAACGGAUACGCCAUUUAUCAUUAAUGCCACUAUUCAUUACCCAGUGGAAGUUAUCUUAUAUCAGCCAGGAUUUUGGGAAAUUAUGAAAUUUGCCUGGAUCCAGUAUGUCAGCAUCCUCCUUAUCUUUCUUUGGGUGUUCGGUAGGAUUAAGACAUUUUUGUUCCAGAAUCAGGUGUUGACUACAAUUCCAGUAUCCCCAGUUCUGCCUGUAUCUCCAGUACUAUCCUACAAACAGCACCAGUCCUGAAGAGAUACCUGAGAAGACUUUAUAGAAAUGCCAUUCAAAAAUAGUUACCUGAUUUUAUUCUCUAUACACUUCUUACUUCAGAAGGUCAGAAUUUUGUAAGUAUAUUUUAAGUAUGCUCUGUUUGUGCAUUGUUUUUUAAAAUACAUGUUAAUUCACCUAAUUUCUUUAGGAACACUGCUUUGGAGCUGGAAAAGUUUAUAUAUUUGACAGUAAAAAACAGCCUAGUUAUUUUUUUGCAACUGGAAUAUGCGUUAAAAACCAUUUUGAAAACUGAAAAUAAAAAUACGCUAAAAGUAACAACA